AUGGCUGACGAAGAAUUCGACGAAAACGAUGUGGGGGACGAAUUUGACGACGACGUUGAAGACGAUAACAUUGAGGAAUUGGAACAACCUGAAGAAGAUGGUGACAACAUUGAUAUUCUCGCUCCCGGCCAGGCAGGUGGUGGAGUACCGAAAAGUAAACGGAUAACAACAAAAUACAUGACGAAAUAUGAAAGAGCUAGAGUGUUGGGCACCAGAGCCCUUCAGAUAGCUAUGUGUGCACCUGUGAUGGUUGAGUUAGAUGGUGAAACUGAUCCAUUGCAGAUUGCCAUGAAGGAACUGAAGCAACGUAAAAUUCCAAUAAUUAUUCGAAGAUAUUUACCUGACCAUUCCUAUGAGGACUGGGGUAUUGAUGAGCUCAUCAUUAUAGAUCAUUAA